AUGAUCGCCCGAACUUCCCCCAAAGACGGGGCAACCAACAGAUCUACCGCCGCGCGCCUCAGCCAAAUGCGGAUGUCGAGCAGCCCACGGGCCAAUAUCUUCAACCAACCCGACUAUGUUAUCGAUUUGACGGGAUCAGAGACCGAAGACGCCAGUUAUGGCAGCGACAGACCCUCCAGUCCACCUAGAAUCGAGUGCGUGGCAUGUGGAGAUUUGCGCUUUGCCUCCGAGGGAGUAAAGGCCCCAUGCCCGCACUUCUAUUGCAAAGAUUGUUUGACAGCAUUCUUUGAGAGCACAUUGAAUGACACCUCAAACUUCCCUCCCAGUUGCUGCGGUAUUAUGAUUCCUCCUACUUCGGCAACUUCGGUUCUUUCCGCGGAUCUCAUCAGGCGAACAGAACAUAAAUUGAUCGAGCACGAAGAUACGUCCCCAGCAUACUGUGCAGACCCGGCUUGCGCCCAAUACAUCUUCCCGAACAAUCGUGUUUUCAACACUGGAAUAUGCCGAGUCUGUCGGAAGGGUACUUGUCUUCUUUGCAAGAAGAAUUCUCAUCCGAAUGAUUGCCUCCCCGAGAGCACGGAUAACCAAGUCUUGGAGUUGGCCGGAAAGAAGGGAUGGAAACAGUGCCCUAACUGUGGCAAUGUCGUGGAGUUGGUGUCGGGGUGCAACCACAUUACUUGCAUCUGCAAGUUUCAUUUUUGCUACAUCUGCGGCGCGCCUUGGAGGUCUUGCGAGUGCGACAGGUGGGAUCCAGAAAUGCAUUUUCAGGCCAUGCUUCACCAGGUAGGUUGUCUAGACCCAGAAGAAAUGUUGGAGAUACUCCAUGAGUGGGAGGUGGAACUGUAA